AUGCGCUACGGAGCAGUUGCGUACGCGCUCUUCCCUGAAGCGAAGAAGAAGCCCCGCGACGCGUGCGUGGAGACGUCCGAGGCACAGCCAAGGGAAGAGAAGGGGACUGCAGCAGAAGAAGAGGACGAGAAAGAAGAGGACGAGGAGAAAGAGGAGGACGAGGAGAAAGAGGAGGACGAGGAGAAAGAAGAGGACGAGGAGCGAGGGGAGAGUGUGAAGCUUGGAAAGACGAGCGAUGUGGCGAGGCCGUUCAAGAGCAAUAGAAGAGCGACAGUUUGCCUCUCGGCCCAGGUAGGGUGUCAGAUGGGCUGCACCUUCUGCGCGACGGGGACGAUGGGGAAGAAGCGGAACCUCGCGGAGUGGGAGAUUCUCGAGCAACUCUACCACGCCUCCAGAGUCGAAAAGAUUCGGAACAUCGUCUUCAUGGGCAUGGGCGAGCCUUUGGACAACUACAACAACGUUGUCGCUUCUGUCAGAUUCAUGACCCAGCCGAACAAAUUCGCCAUCGGAGGACACCACGUGUGUAUCAGCACAGUGGGUUUGCCACACCGAAUUCGGCAGCUCGCCUCGGACCUCCCGACCUGCCGCCUCGCCCUCUCCCUGCAUGCGCCCGACCAACCUACGCGUCUCAAGCUCAUGCCUCGAGCGGCUGCUGGGUGGAAACUCGACAGAGUGCUCGACGCGACCGACGAGUUUGUGAAGCAGCAAAAGCGCGUUAACAGCACGGCGAUGAAGAACAUUGGACUGCUGGUCGAGUACAUCAUGAUUCAAGAUGUCAACGACACCAUUGAUCAAGCGCAUGCACUCGGCCGCAUUCUCCAACCGCGUGCGGACGCAGUUAUCGUCAAUUUAAUUCCUUACAACCCCACAGAAGUUCCCUAUGAUUACAAGCCUUCUACCCCGGAGAGAGUUGACGAAUUUCUGAGGAUCCUUCGCCAAGAUUACUCUAUUAAGGUUCUCGUGAGGCAAACCCUCGGCCAAGACAUCGACAGCGCAUGCGGUCAGCUGGUUGUGCGGGCGGGCAAGGACAAGAGCGGAGAAAAGGUGCCCGAGAGGGUAGCGCGUGCCUCACAUGGUGCAGCACGUACUCGAGACGCAAGGGAUGCGACUCCGGUGGAAAGUUCAGCAGGUUCUCAGUGGCCUUUCAGUUCGCGAGACCGGGAAUCGGCGUGCGCCUCCAAAGCUCCUUCCGGCGCAGCGCAAAUCAGCACGAGACAGAAAUGCUCACGAUCCAGAAGUGACGAAAGAGAGACAGACUCAGACGAUGCGUCAGACGACGGGAGGGACAAGCACUCAGCAGUGCCUCUCAGUUCUUGGUGGCAAGAUGUGAAAGCUCUUCCGGCGUUGAUGCAAAGUUGCAAGGGUAUGUGUGCUGACAGCUUGUGGACGUUGGCGACGGAUGCAGAAAGAGAAGACGAGGAAGAGGCGGUUGCCGCUACGCACGGGAAACGGACACUCCUAGCGGCGUCCGUCGCGCUGCUUGCCGGGGUUGUUGCCGCCGGUGUAGCGAACUGGUUUUUGAGGCGUGCUCGAGUGUAA